AGGUGGGCUGCGCGGGGCCGUCGCACGCCAGCCACGCCAUGGCGGUGCCCAUGGCUUUCUUCGCGCCCGUCCUGCUGUUCAUCGGGCUGGGCCCCCACCUCGCCACUGCCCAUGGCCCCACAGGGGUGGAGUGCGUCCUGUUCAACGAGGAGUACAUGACCUGCAAGUGGGGCAGCAGGGAGACGCUCACCGCCAACUACUCCCUCUACUACUGGUACGAGACCAGGUUGCCCAUGCUGGAGUGCAAGCACUACCUGUGGGACCAGGGGGUCAGCGUCGGCUGCCACUUCAACAAGAGCGAGAUCAUCCAGUUCCAGCCUUUCCACGUCCUCCUCAACGCCAGUGUCAACGGCCAGACCCUGGAGAUCCGCAGCAAGCGCAUGGAGCUGCAGGACCUCGUGAAACCGGGGGCUCCCGUCAACCUGACCAUCCGCAACAUGAGCAGCAACCAGCUGCAGCUGACCUGGAGCUCCCCGUACCCCAAGGCGCAGUGCCUGGAGCACGCCGUCAAGUACAAGAGCAACAAGGACACCAGCUGGAUCGAGCACGGGGUGAAGGGAGACAUCUUCUCCUUCCCCAGCGUGGACUACGAGAAGUACUACACCUUCUACGUGCGCAGCAAGAUCAACAGCUACUGCGGCAGCACCCAGCUCUGGAGCGAGUGGAGCGUCCCUGUGGUCUGGGGCAGAAACACCACCAGCAAGGGUAGGGACGUGCCCACGGCGCCGGCUCCUUCCCCUGCCCCGCGGUGGCUGUGCGCCGGCUGGGUCCCCACCACCAGGGCUCCUCACAGGUCUCGCGGAGGAGCAGCUGCAGAGGUUCUGGAUCCACACGGUUCUCGUCCCCAUCGCCUCCUGCCUGCUGCUGCUGGUCCUCGUCGUCCUGCUGGUGCGCAUGGAGAGGGUUUGGGUCAUCCUCAUGCCCCGGAUCCCCAACCCCAGCAAGAACUUCGACGAGCUCUUCAUCACCCACAACGGGAACUUUCAGGAAUGGGCUGGAGUCCCCAAAGACAUGCUGGAGAGCUUCAAGCCCAACUACAGCGAGAGCAUCUGCCACGUGAGCGAGCUGCCCUCCAAGGAGAGCCACGAGCCCCAGUGGGAUGGCAGCAACCGCCCGCCGGGGGGGCCCGGGGCCCCGGCUGGGCCCCGUGAGCACAGCCCCUACCAGAACAACUACGUGGGGGUGUGACGCUGCCAGCAGCGCUGCCCAAACCCAUCCUGCCCCCUGCUCCCUCCCUGCCCCUGCCAAAUGCCCCCAGUCCCGCUCCCUGCCACGGUGUGCCAGCACCCGUCCCGUCCUCAGCGCUGGGUGUCCAGCCGGGCACAGCCCCGGGGGGGAUCCCUUUUGGGGGAUCCCUUGCUCCGUGGUGCCCAUGAGCACACCGGGGAUGUGUCCCUGUGUGGGGCAGCCCCGGUGGCACCCGGUGACGCCCAGCGGGGACAGCCAGGCUGUGCUCCCAGCCCCCGUGGUGGUGCAGCAGGGCUGGCUGGUGGGGACAUGCAGCCGAAGGAGCACCGAGGGACGGGUGCUGCACUGAGGGACCCCUAAGGGGACAAGCCACCGGGCCACCCCGCUGUCAUCGGGCACCGGGCGAGCACAGCCUGGCCUCUUGCUUGCUUGCACCGCGGGUUUCCAGCUGCAAUAAAGCUCUGCUGCACUUUG